AUGCGCGUCUACUCUCUCGUUUUCCUGACGUCAUCUGCUCUUUCGUCCCGUGUGGACGGCGUCUUGGAACCCGCGAGCUCUAACGUGACAGCGCUCGACUUCCCGGCGGUCGUUCGUCCAUUGCCGGACAACGACGACGACGCUACUGCCUCGAGGUCGUCAACGCGUGAUGGUCCGCCCGACGCCGACGAAAGGGGCAUUUUCGAUUUUCUGUCCAUAAUUUCGAAGCCCAUGAGGGAGCGGGUAGAGCUUCAGAACUUGCGGAACCGUGUACUGGUGAACGAUCUGGAUGCUGCACUGAGAAAUGAAGAGUUGAGGGAGCUGUACCGCCGCUACGAAGCGUCUGAUCAGUCAUUGAUCGACCAUCUCACCAAGCGUUACAGAGCUGAGAAUAUGGCUCGCGUGUUUUCUACGGCGCUGAAGGCAAGCAAAGACAACCCUGCGCGGUUUCAGGAACCUGCGACUACCGUGGAGAAGCUGGCGAUGGAUCAGUUGACAAGCUGGCAAAAGGAGAAGAAAAAACUAAGUGACGUGUUUGACAUACUAAAGCUCGACGAUACUAGACACGGGACCUCGACACUCCAAGCCAACCUCGCAAGUCGGAAAAUAAGAGCCUUUAUCAAUUACAGCAAGCUCACGGCGGCCGAAAACGGCGAAAUGGCGUAUUUGGAUGUCCUCAUCAAGCGCUAUGGUGGGGAAGCUCAAUUUCUUUUGCUGUUGCGCGCCGCAAAGAACGAUCACCCUCUUUCCGUCCACGUACUUCAGGUGGAAGAUGACUUCUGGAAGAUGUGCGCGCUCAAUGGCGUGGCUCCCUCGACUGCUUUUGAUAAGGUGUGGCCUGGCCUUUUUAAAACUGAGUGGUUUGAUGAGAAAAUGGUGGGCCGGAUGGUGAAGUAUGUGAACGACUACAACAAAAACAAGCCUGCGGCACAGCCGAUUACUGUGAUAGAUGUACUGCAACAAAAGCUAGGUGGGGAAAAGAGACUCGUCAACUUCCUUUUUCGCAUGAACAUACCUAAUGCCAUGCUGCAGAAUAUGUCACCCAGUGAGAAAAAUCGUUAUUGGUCAUGGACAAAUGAAGUGUCUAAAGGCAUAAUGUCGAACUUUAUACACGAACUCUUCCAGCGUUGGUACUCCAAGACAUUUAAACCCACUGAGCAUCUGCAAGAACGUAUAGGUCAUCUCGACGCUGCGGUGCAAGUCGUUAUCAAGCUAAAGUACGCAGACUUUUAUAAUCGACGACGAACCCCACCCGAGUGA